CCACCAAGGAGGCCCAGACCGAGACCUAAGCGGGUGUUCAUUAUUUACAUCCUGGGACGCUACAAAUUUAAAGGCUGUAGUUUGAAAAGUGCCACAUUUUCUCACAUUUAAGCCACAUAGGAGGGUGCCAGGAGGGUUAGCGUGCUCUGAUGGGUAAAAGGUGACACACUGAAGAGAGAGAGAGAGAGAGUAGCAGUGGAUGGAAGAACAAGAAGAAGAAGAGAAGAACAAAGAUGGCGGACAAGAUGAGACAGAAGGUGGUGGAGGAAAUAUUAGCAACGGAGGCAACUUACCUUAGACAACUCGAGAUUCUGGACAAGUAUUUUGUUCAGCCGAGUCUAGAGAAGAAAAUCCUGCCCACCUCAGUCCACCACACAGUCUUUGGGGGGCUGGCAGCACUGCAGGAGGUCAGCCGAGAACUCUACCAUGCACUCCUGCCGGGGAAGAAGGAGGAGGAGGAGGAGGAGGAGGAGAAGGAUGUUGGUAGAAUAUUUUUACAGCUUGCUCCGUUUCUGAAAGCUUAUUCCUCCUAUGUCAAGAAUUACCAGGCUGCGUUGGAUAUGAUUGUGCAAUGCGAGGGGCGGCACAGCUCAGUGAGGCAGUGGGUGGCAGCAACAGAGUGCCGGCCGGAGGUUCAGACCAAGCUGCCGGCCCUUCUCAUCACCCCAGUACAGCGCAUCCCUCGCUACCUCCUCCUCCUGGGCCAGCUGCUCCACCACACACCCUCACACCACCCUCACAGACACAGUAUUGCUAGGGCGGUGGAGGAGGUGGAGGGAGUGGCUCGGUUUGUGGACAGCAGCAUUAGCGAGGCGGAGAAUUAUCAGAGAGUGUUGAUGAUCCAGCGGGCUUUGAAGGGAGGCCGGCCAACGCUCAUGGCUCCUGGACGCUCGCUGAUUAAGGAAGGACUGCUGUAUAAGAUGGCUCGAAAUGGAAGCUCAUCACACCCAAGGCUGUUUUUCCUCUUCUCUGAUGUUAUCAUGUACACGAAACUACCUCCAGGCGCCUCCCCCCUCUCACACACCCAUAGAGACACCACCACCACCACCACCACCACCACAGCACCACCACCACCACCAUCACCCUCAGCACCAGUGUCACCAUCACUCGCCACAGCCACAGCAGACUACCGGCCACACUCCCUGGAUUUCUGCUGUGUUCUGCCGCUGCGUCACUGCGUCAUCAUCCCCUUGCUGGGCAGUGGAGAGAGAGAGCUGUUUAGGAUAAAGUGUGAAUCGGAGGACCUGCUUCUGUACAGCGCGGAGGAGGUGGGAGGAGGUGGAGGGGAGUGGGUGGCAGCGCUGAGGGGGGCGGUGGAGCAGGCGGUCAGGAAGAGGAAGACGCUGCGGAAAGACUCAAGCUCUCGGAAACCACUGCGGCGGAACGACCUUAAGAGAAAUGUGGAGAACCACACCACCACCACCACCACCACCACCACCACCACCACCCCCACCAGCUCCACCAAAUCCACAGGGCCGUCCAUAGCUAAGAUUCUCCACCAACUUCCUCCACUUGGCUUUCCCGAAGAAGUGGAUGGGUGGAGCUACUACUACUACUACUACUACUACUACUGCUACUGCUACUGCUACUACUACUGCUACUACUCCACUUUCCAGCAAGGUUAAAUCGCCUAAAAGUACUUAUUCUUCCACAUUUUGUUCUCCUUUUUCUUCUUCCACUAAAUCUAAGUUGUCUUCCACUUUUUGUUCCUCCUCCUCCUCCUCCUCCUCCUCCUCCUCCUCCUCCUCUUCUUCUUCUUCCAC